GGGGAGGUGUUCAUUAUGUACGACAGACAGUACAACUCUGUUAAAGUGGGUUGGUUUGGCAGCCGCGGCUCCUUUGGUUCAACCCACCACAGAAGUGCACAUUUAUAAAGCGCCUCAACGAGCAGGCAAGUGACAAAAAGCUCCCGCAGGGUUGCUUUCGUUGAGCAUCAGCCGUAGCGUGUCUGUCAGCUAACGAGGUAUUAGCAAGUGAUGAGCAGGGCCCUUUCUAGCUUCUUGUGGAUAGACACUUAAAAGUUAAAGACAGGCUGCUUUCAACUUCCAACACCCCGAAAAUACGAAAUCAACAUCUGACCUCCCGGAGAGCUCAUUUAAUUAUCCUAUUGCUAUGUUUUUUCUGUGAGACUUUAUGCUAGCUUGGCACAAGUUGGACAGACUAGCUUGUUACUAGCUAACACUCGGCGUGAAAGUUAGCCGGAGAAGACAGCAAGGCAAGCUCUGUUUGAGCGUCUGUGAGAUGGGUUUGCUCAGUCAAGGAUCGCCACUGAACUGGGAAGAAACCAAGAAGUAUGCUGAUCACAUCAGAAAACACGGCAUCAUCCAGUUUGUUAACAUUUACAACAAUCUGAAGGACCGGCAGAAGGAUGUGCUAAAAUGGGGCGAUGAGGUAGAGUACAUGUUGGUGGAAUUGGAUGACAAAGAUGAAAAGGUUCGACUGGCUCUGAACAGUAGCGAUGUUUUGGAUACCCUCCAAGGUCAAGGUGAAAAGAUAAACCCAAACCACCCCACGCUUUGGAGGCCCGAGUAUGGCAGCUACAUGAUAGAGGGAACUCCAGGGCAGCCAUAUGGCGGGACCAUGUCAGAGUUCAACACUGUGGAGGGCAACAUGGGGAAGAGACGACAAGAGGCUUCAUCUGUUCUUAACCACAAUGAAAUUCUAUGCACAAUCACCUCAUUUCCAAGGCUAGGUUGCCCUGGUUUUACCAAGCCUGAGUAUCGGCCAACGCCUAUUGAGAGCGGCGCGUCAAAGUCACUGUUUUUCCCGGAUGAAGCCAUUAACAUACACCCAAGAUUCAGCACCCUCACUCGGAACAUACGACACAGGCGAGGAGAGAAAGUCACAAUUAAUGUGCCGAUCUUCAGAGACAAGUGCACUCCAUCUCCAUUUGUGGAAGAGUUUCCUGAAGAUGACGGGGAGUCGGCGAGAGCAGCUCUUCCUGACCACAUCUACAUGGACGCCAUGGGCUUUGGGAUGGGAAACUGUUGCCUGCAGGUUACAUUCCAAGCUUGCAGUAUUGAUGAGGCAAGAUAUCUUUAUGACCAACUAGCAACAUUCUGUCCGAUAGUGAUGGCUCUGAGCGCAGCCUCCCCAUUCUACAGAGGCCACGUGUCGGACAUUGAUUGUCGCUGGGGGGUUAUUUCUGCCUCGGUGGAUGACAGGACACAGGAGGAACGUGGACUCAAGCCUUUAAAAAAGAACAAAUACAGAAUUUUCAAGUCAAGAUAUGACUCCAUUGACAGCUACUUGUCUAAAUGCGGUGAGAAGUACAACGACAUCGAUUUGACGAUAGAUGAGGACAUCUGUAAGCAGCUGCUGGGUGCAGGAAUUGACAAGCUUCUGGCCCAGCACAUUGCGCACCUCUUCAUUCGCGAUCCGCUCUGCACCUAUGAGGAGAAAUUGAACCAAGAUGACGAGAAUGAGUCAGAUCACUUUGAGAACCUCCAGUCCACCAACUGGCAGACGAUGAGGUUCAAACCACCCCCUCCCAACUCAGACAUUGGCUGGAGAGUUGAGUUCCGCCCAAUGGAGGUACAGCUAACAGACUUUGAAAAUGCUGCCUAUGUUGUAUUCGUUGUCCUGCUGACCAGAGUCAUCUUAUCCUACAAACUGGACUUCCUCAUCCCCUUGUCCAAGGUGGACGAAAACAUGAAAGCGGCGCAGAGAAGGAACGCUGUGCAAGAGGGCAUGUUCUACUUCCGAAAGGACAUCUUCAAAGGCUGUAAUCCUGGCCUCGACGGCACCUCCUCUGCCCAGAAUGGCCUGGAGACUGACUGCGCCAACGAGGAGUACACACUGAUGAGCAUCGACACCAUCAUCAAUGGGAAGGAGGGAGUGUUUCAGGGACUCAUCCCCAUCCUUAACUGCUAUUUGGAGAACAUGGAGGUUGAUGUAGAUACCAGAUGCACCAUAUUGAACUACCUGAAGCUUAUCAAGAAGCGUGCCUCAGGUGAAUUAAUGACAAUGGCCAAGUGGAUGAGGGAGUUUGUGGCCAAGCACCCCGAGUACAAGCAGGACAGCGUCAUAACCGACAAGAUAAACUAUGACUUCUUUGUGAGGUGUGACAAGAUCGCAAAAGGUGAAGAACAGUGCCCAGAGCUCAUUGGGAAUCCAGUCAACAAGUUCAAGUAAGAAUAACUUGUACAUGUAUAAGACAACGACCAAACUACGUGGCUCAAAUUGAAAGCGGUCCAGUUUUUAAAAGAUGUUUUUAAAAAAACUAACAAAAAAUACACUGCAGCAAAUCUAUGUACAUAUAUACUGUAUCAGAUUUUUAUGAUUGCAAAUUAUUUUAAUAGGAUUGAGAUAUGGUAAAGGUUAUGUCAUAGAAAUCAUGUAUAUUUAUUUUUCUCUGGAAAUGAAACAUCUCUGUGUGACAAUGUAAAUGUAGCAAAGAGUUGUACAGUAGUUAGUGUCUUUCCCUCCUGUUAAUACUGUACCUCAUUGCUCUUUGAAACAUUAACAUGGCACACUGCGUUGUGUCUCAGCAUCUAUGUGAGCUUUCUUUGCCUUUUGGACAAGAUCUGUUUUGUUUUGUUCUAUUGCUUUGCUCUAUUUGUAAUUGUAGUUGGAGGCAGUGUUGCAUUCAAGUACAGGCAGUU